GUCCUACACUUCUUGCUACUCCUUUGUGGUCUCCCUCCCCUUCCCCCACUCAAGCUGCCUGCUCACCAUUCCCACCGUCAGCAAUGGCCGGCAAGCCGCAAUUGCCGACGGCCUCGUCCGCUCCUUCUAGUGCCGACGGAAUGGCGGAUGCCGGGGAUACGCAGUUACUUGCCACCCUCGGGUACAAGCAGGAACUCCGUCGCCAGUAUUCUACCGUCCAAAUCUUCGCUGUCGCAUUCAGUAUCAUGGGUCUCGUGCCAUCAAUCGCCUCCACGCUCGCAUUUUCUCUGCCAGCGGGUCCUGCGGCAAUGACAUGGGGCUGGCUUAUUGCAAGUCUCUUCAUCUUUUGCGUAGGCUUAGCAUUGGCCGAUCUGUCGUCAGCUAUGCCCACAGCGGGUGGUUUAUAUUGGUGGACCCAUUACUUCGCGGGGCCGAAGUACAAGAAUGCGUUGAGUUUCUUGGUGGGAUACAGUAACACGAUGGGCCUAGUUGGGGGGAUGUGUUCGGUGGAUUAUACACUUUCGCUUAUGAUACUCGCAUGCGUCUCCAUAGCACGCGACGGCGCGUGGUCAGCCUCUAAUGGGAUCAUCUACGGCGUCUAUGUCGGCCUCAUACUUAUCCACGCCUUAUGCGCAAUCUACGCGGGCCCUAUCAUGCCUCGCAUCCAGCUCUUCUGUAUCUUCAUCAACAUCGCCAUCAUAAUCGCUACUGUAGUUGCUUUACCGGUUGGUAAAGUCACGAAUGGCGGAACACUUAACUCUGGCGACUGGGUUUACGGGCACGUGGAUAACCUGACAACCUGGCCGAAGGGAUGGGCCUUCGUUCUCGCCUUUCUAGCCCCAAUCUGGUCGAUCGGGUUCUUUGACUCCUGCGUGCACAUGAGUGAGGAGGCCCUGCACGCCGCCAAGGCAGUACCCCUAGGGAUUGUUUGGUCGUCAGGGUGUGCAUGUGUGCUGGGCUUCCUGGUGCUGAGUAUCAUCGCUGCAGUGAUCGAUCAAGAUGUCAGCACAACAUACAGUUCGGUAUACGGACAGCCCAUGGCGCAAGUCUACUUCACAGCGCUUGGCAAGAAAGGAGCAUUAGGAUUCAUGGGCGUCUUGAUAGUCAUCCAAUUCUUGAUUGGAUUGACCUUGAUCGUCGCCGCGUCUCGACAAACCUGGGCAUUUUCCCGAGACGGUGCCCUGCCGUUUUCCAACUACUUCCGCCAUGUCAGCACGCGCAUUAAACACCAGCCCGUACGGGCCAUCUGUGGCUUCGUGGCGGUGUGUAUCGUUUUUGGCUUACUAUGUUUGAUCAACUCGGUCGCUGCCAACGCGCUUUUCUCCCUCUUCGUGGCCAGCAACUACGUCGCCUGGGGCACUCCAAUCCUGUGCCGUCUGAUCUGGGGUAAAAAGCGGUUCCGUCCCGGCGAGUUCUACACCGGCUGGUUCAGCCGGCCGAUUGCGAUCGUAGCUGUAGUGUGGUUGGCUUUUGGCUUGGUCUUGUCAAUGUUCCCUAGCACGGGCCCUAACCCGAGCCCAUCCGAUAUGAACUACACUAUCGUCCUCAACGGAUUUGUCUGGAUUGCCUGCAUGACGUACUAUUUCCUGUUCGCUCGCAAGUGGUACACGGGGCCUAAGAUGACCGUUGACGGCGUUGAAUCUCAAGUUAAAAAAACAGAAUACAGAUCUCUAGAGAAUUAUCUCUAG